GUUACCAAAGUCGUAGAGGAACCUUUACAAUGUGCCUCGGAACUAAUGCAAACAAUAAAGAUGAAAAAGACGCGAAAGCACGAGAAUUACAGCUGUAACAGAAGCAUGUGCGCGGAGAAUACGUUAACUCUAUCUCGAAUAAAACAACUUUGUGAUUGACAGAAAGCGGUGACGCUGAUCCGCAGACUGCACUUGUAGUGAUGCAGAUAGGGAUCGUAUGACAAGCGCAGCCUGACUUGUAAGGGUAUCAAACUAUCAACUUUUAACGUAGGAAAAAACCUGUAGUGCAGUGUGCACAAUCUUUUGUGACAGUCGGCUGUGAGCUGACAGACAGAAAAGAGUAGAACAUGCGAGUACAAUACAGUAUUUCUUUUUUUAUAUUAUUUUUCCCUCGCAAGCUUUCCGUGCUGAUAUGGCUUGUGAAGCCGAAUUAACGCAAGUACAGUGAAACUGAAUGAGAAAACACCUCUUACGUAAAGGAUCACAGUUUGUGAUUGUAUACCCUUCUUGUGCGGCCGGGAGUUGUACAGUGAUAACACGUAAUCGGUGUCACGGGGUAGAUAACAUGCUUUUGAUGAACAUGCGGCGCGUUAACGUCGCAGGAUGCAGUAAUCUGUUAAGGAAGCUCGUUCAACUGAGAACCAUGAUGGACAGCGCGAAAGCAAGCGACGAUCCGCAUCUCUUGCAUCUGUUCGAUGGAGGGCCUACUAAUGUUUAUUCUAAGGAUCACGAUAAUUUGUCCGUUGGUGCUCCAGGCCCAGAUCACCUGAGGCUUUGUGUGGAAAUCAUGCAGAACGCGACACUACACAGAAUGGAACGUGAGAAAGAAAAUCCGUAUCUUUUCCAAUAUGGUAUUCCUUGUGGACUCUGGGAAUUUAGAGAAGAUCUUUCUCAUUUUCUAUCAGAACUUUAUGGUGGAAAUGUGAACAGGAAAGAUCUUGUGCUAACAUGUGGGGCAACACAUGGUCUUCAGCUGAUACUGGGGACGUUCCUGUCUCCAAAUGCUGUUAUAUUUGUUGAGGAGGCUACAUACAUGAUUGCAUUGUCAGCUUUCAAACAGUAUCCUUUGAUGAAAAUAGUUCCAGUUCCUUUCAACAACGAUGGUGUUGAUACAGAGGCAUUUAAGAAAAUUGCUCUUGAAGAAAAAAGUAAAGGGAAAUGGAUGACAGAUGAGCAAAGACCAUUCUGGGCUGUGUUCUACACUAUCCCUGUAUUUCACAAUCCUACUGGCAUAACUAUGUUGGAAGGCUGCAGUCAAUCCUUAAUACAUAUGGCACGAGAACUGGACAUACUUAUUGCCUGUGAUGAUGUAUAUAACUUACUAUAUUAUGGCAGUAAAGAGUAUCCUCCUAAAAGAUUGUUUGCUUAUGAUACUGAAAUGGAUGGUUAUGAGGGAGGCCAUGUUAUAUCAAACUGCAGUGUUUCUAAGAUUAUGGCUCCAGCACUGAGAGUUGGCUGGCUUGAAGCUCCACCUAGACUGACAAACAUCUUACGAGAAUCUGGUGUGUUAGUCAGUGGUGGAGGAGUCAAUCAGUAUAUGGCGGGAUUAAUCACAAGUGCUAUUAAACUUGGUACUCUAAAGAGUCAUCUUAAUGUACUGAAAAAGACAUUUCAAGAUCGCAUGUUUUCAUUGUGCGAGGUGUUGUCCAAAAAUCUUCCAGAUGGUUGCAGUGCAAGGAGACCAGAUGGAGGAUAUUUUGUGUGGAUUGUUUUGCCAGAAACUGUAGACGCAAAUGAUUUUCUUCCAUGGUGUAAAGAAAAUUACAAAGUUUCUGCUUUACCUGGGAACAUAUUUUCACCUGUAGGAAAAUUCAGAAACUGUAUAAGGCUUGCAAUUUCUUUUCAUGACAAAGAAAGAUUAAGUGCAGCUGGAUACAGACUUUGUCAAGCUCUUACAGAAUACUUCAAAAUCAAUUCUAUAGUUGUUUAGCAUAUUACAAAAAACAUUAUGUUGACUAACAAUUGUGUCAAGUACUUAGUAACAUCUGGUAAGACUUAUUGGGAAUGUUGUGAGUCGAAAUUAUAAGCGUGUCCACAUAUAAAAUAUACAACAGCAUGGACAGUGCAAUGUAAAGGGUAUCAUAUAUAGAAUAAAGAA